AUGUCCGUCUCAGAGAUCCUUUCCAAGGUCCAGAAGCUCGCUGCCGAAGAGUCUUCGGGAAACAAAGAUGCACACGCAGACCUUCUCAAGGCAAUCCGGGAGCUGCAGCUUGCCGCCGAGACGCCUCUGGAGACCACUUCUCGGCUGAACUUCCAGAUUCUGCAAAACAUUGCCGUUCGAGUGGCUAUCGAGUAUCGCUUCCUUCAUGUCUUGGUUGAGCACGGGAGCCCCGUUUCCGCUGUGACGCUGGCACAGGAGACCGGGUCGGAUCUGCUCUUGAUUAUUCGGAUUAUGCGCGUGCUGACGGCCAUUGGUCUUUGCGAUGAAGUGGGUACUCAACUUUACGCUGCUAAUGACAAGACUUCCUUCAAGAUUCUUCCAGGAUCCAUUGGAGCUGAGAAGCACCACUUCGACCUCGAUUUUGGAAUGGGCGGACGACUUGUGGAGUACAUGCGUGGACCUGGCAUUCAACAAUUUGCUGACCAACCCAAUGCGACCACGCUGUUCAAAUAUGCACACGGGACUGACGUUAUCUUCGGUCUUCUCGAGAAGAAUGCAGAGCAGAAGAAGUCCUUUGACGAUUACAUGGCUGGACGUCGCGUGGAGGAGAUGCCUCAGUGGUUCGAAAUCUACCCGAUCGAAUCCAAGCUACACAAUCUUCGGGAAGAUUUAGAAAGCGCCCUGAUUGUCGACGUGGGCGGAGGUCCCGGACAAGAGCUGACAAGGUUCAAAGAGCGAUAUCCCGAGCUUCCAGGGCGAUUCAUUCUUCAAGAUCUUCCAAUCACGCUGAAGCGCAUUGACAAACUUCCCGAGGGAGUUGAGGCGAUGGAGUAUGACUUUUUUACUCCUCAGCCUGUCAAAGGUGCUCGCCUGUACUUCCUGCGUAAUGUGUUUCAUAACUGGUCGGAUGCCAAAAGUGCUCAGAUUCUGUCGCGGAUUGUCGAAGCCAUGGACCCGACAUACUCGACUCUGAUUAUCGAUGAUUAUGUUCUGCCUAACACUGGGGCUGAGCUCAGAGCCGCAGAGAUGGAUAUCCUUAUGUGGCUUCACACUGCCGGUUUGGAAAGGACGGUAGCUCAGUGGGAGACUUUGCUCACUGCGGCUGGGCUAGAACUUGUUCAGAUUCGGAGCUCACCUCGCGGAAACGAGUCAGUUCUAGAAGCUCGAGUUCGAGCUUAA